AACACAUCAUGGGAAAACAUUGGAACCGGUGUCCCUGGAACAGAUGCCAAGGAGCACAGCGCCCCUGGUUCUGAUCACUUCCAGAUGCUGAGCAGUGAUCACAAGGGCUGGAAGCGAGGAAUCCAGGACCAGAGAGAGAGAAGGAGAAGGUCUACUUGUAGUUUAAUCUAUCCCAAUGGGGUAUUUAUUUCAAACCUGCCGUGUGCAGUUGUAACUCUCCUCCUCAGAAAUGAUGCAUUGGGAAGUCUUUGUUGUUGCUCUUGUUUAUCACAAUGUCUAUACUUCUGCCACCCCAGGGAAGAAUAAAGCCCUGUUCCCCUCUGCAAUGCUGGUAAAGAGAGGGACAGCUGCCCUGCUAAACCCUGUCUUCCAAAACUCACUGGAGGAAGUAAAUCUGCUGUACGAGAUACUUUUGGCUGGCCUUGAGAUGGAUAAGACUCACAGUAAAUUCUUAGUUAAAGACGAAGAGCUGUCUUCACUCAGAAAAACCAAGAAACUGGAGGUGAUCUGUGAAGACGUGCUCCCCAAAAAGAUCACAGAUAUUCGGCGUCUGACCUCUAACCUCUCACGACACAAGGGGGCGCUAAGCAAGGAUGCGUUUGAGUGGACUGUUCUGACGAUGGUUUAUACAGCGUACCGGCUAGCACAGGCCAAAGGGCACCAGAAAGAGGUUUGGGCAGAGUCCUUUGUAAACCUCUACAAGGCCUUAAAAGAUGACCUGUUAUAAAGGGAAAAAAUAUGGCAAAGGACCCAGAGUGACUAUCUUGAGAUUCCACUGUUUACUGUUGAAUGCCUAUAUAAAUAAAACAAAGUAUAUUAUAAUUAGGGCUUGAACUUUUUGGUUUUUAUUUUCCAAAUCUCUGCCACCCUUUAAAUGUUAAUUAGACGUUGUUAAGCUGUCUCUGCAUUCUAAUAUACACCCCAUACUGGGUAUUUUAUGCUGAACAGAAAAUCUGUCUGGACAACUCUGUUAAACGAGUGGAAAUAACAAAACCACAACGAUAAACUAGGCGACUGCAAGAAUGAAAUGUAAUUAGGAUCAGUGCUCAGCAAUUAACGUCACGUGUGUUUGAAAUAAAAAUGAAGCGAAACAGCUUCAGGUUCAGUCAAGAUAUGAAAGUAAAAUCAAGUGACAGUAGUAAUUAACAGCUUUUUCUGAGUUUAAUUAGGAAACACAAUCAGCUCAAAAUAAGUUUAAAGGGUCGUAAUCAAAAAUAAAACCCGAAAACUUCAAGCCCUAAGUAUAAUGUAUUUGAAUAAUAACCCAAAGUUUAUUGUAUUUCAAUUAAUUGUAGAUGUCAUUUAAAAAGACAAUACAUGUACUUCAUUAAAAUAAAUGCACUUUUUCUUCUCCUUUACUCAACAUUGUAGUGCUUGUAGCUAACAAAAUAUUUUAAUAAAUCGUACCAGUUGUGCACUUCCAUUAGCUACAUAGGUCUCAUACUGUGUGUGCAGUACUGAAUGAAACACAAGUUAUGUAUCUUUACUUUAAGACAUUAUAACAGCUACUACCAACCCUUUCUUCCUGUGAUUAACCAACCAGAUUCUGUUAUUGACUGACAUGCUUUCAGGCAGACCCCAAAGCGCAAACGUAAAGAAUUUCCUGAGAGUAAGCAUGGAACCUGAGAACUUCUUUAACCAGAUGUCGGCCCAUAUGCAUAAAACUCACCGUCUCCUUUAUCGUGCCAGUAAUAGUGUUUAACAUGACAGGAUUUCAUCGGGUGACGCAUAAACGCCAUUUACUGUCAAAAACUUCACUCAUCGCGACGUUAGAAUAACGUGCCCUUAGAGUCAAAUUUUCUCAUUAACAUAUUAUUCGUCUGACUCAUAAAUCUUAAUUGACUUACCGGCAUCAUAAUUAACAUGUGCCUCAGACCAGGCGGACAAUGAGUAUCAUUUUCUAGGAUCAUUUAUGUGUUUAGGAACAUGUAUUUAAGCCUAUAGCAACAAUAAUAAUAAUAAUAAAAACCUUUAUGUUUUUUUUUUAUAAAUUUAGUCGUCGCCAAUGAUUUUUACCCCGGUUUUCUCCCCAAUUUGGAAUGCCCAAUUAUUUUUAUCCCGAUUCACCGCUGCAACCCCCCGGCGACUCUGGAAACGGAGGCUGAAACACGCGUCCUCCGAAACGUGCUCCUGUCAAUAUGUCAUUUUUCACACUGCGUAUCCACAGCGAUGCUACCAGACCUAUAGUGCCGGAGGACAACACAGAUCUGAAUGGCUCCACUGCAGACCCGCUGGUGCCCUAUCAGCCACAGGGGUCGCUGGUGCGCGGUAAACCGCGGAUUCGCCUGCCGACCUACGCCCUCCCUACCCGGGCGGCGCUCAACCAAUUGUGUGCCGCCAAUUGUGUUUGUAUUAUGUCUCAAUCCUAAAAAUCUAAGUGGUUCAAAACGAUUGGCCAUAGCUGCUGAAAAAUACAUUUUCGUGUCAAACGGGAUUAGUUCAAGAAGUUAUAUUUUACAGAGAUGCCAAGGGUUGACUGUCCCAAAAAAGUGAGACUUCCAGCCCCAAAGAGUGAGAUUUCCAGGCCAAAGAGUAAGACUUUCCAGCUGGUGUGCACCCAGCAGUCCAGGUAUUUAAUCCUACCAGCACUUACUGGUUUAUUUUAAAAUGUACACUGCUUAAUAUUACAUAUGAAAUACUUAAUAUAAUAAUAUUUUCACAUCCAUGUUAUUAAUGAUACAAAUAACUAUGACUACAAAUAAUAAUAAUAAUAAUAAUAAUAAUAAUAAUAAUAAUAAUAAUAAUAAUAAUUUAUAAAAAAUUGUCAUAUUAAAUCUUUCCAUUGGGAACUGGCAAAACAGUAAAUAAAGCAGCCAGAUGGCAACCCUAACAGCAUACCGGAUUCAAACUUACUAUUCCCUGCCAAAAUACAGUGGUUAAAAUACCGAUUCAAUCAAACUACCCGAGUUAAAAAAACAGAUUUUUGAGUGAUGACAGAAGGGGAAAUGUCCUGACGAAAAUAUCAAUGAAUACUGUUUACAAAAGAAUGGCACUUAGAGAAGAUAGUGACUUUUGACAUGAUUACUUGUACAUUGUAGUGUCUACACAAACCGGAACCAAGUGUGAGAAAUGUAUACCGCUCAGAUGUGUUAGAAAUCACAAAUGAACUCACCACUGAACGCAUGUACAUAGGCCUCCUUGUAAUACUGUACACCCUUGGAAAUAUGCUUUUGUCCAAAGUUCUUAGAUUUGGUUUUAAUGUACGUUUCCACUGUUGAAAAUGUUCAUUCAGGCAUGAAAGACAGAUUGGUCAAGCACCUGACAGCAAUUACAGCAAGUUGGGAAUCUCGUUUCCAUGUUUUUCCAGAACUGGUAAACGUUGUCGCAUUUCAUUUGCACUGACAAUUUCGUAGUAAGCACGAUAUUCACACUGUUGUCUUCAAACAGUAGAAUGGCCUCAAACACUUAGUUCUCAGCUAUGCUGAGAUACUUCGCUUGAUUUGGGUCAAAGACCCGACAGGCAUCGAAAAAUGCAGGUGCAGGUUGACAAAAUCGGACAGCAGUUUUACCUUUUCUUCCUGUUAUUUAGUAACUAAGCGAUAAAUAUAAAAACUGCAGGAUUGUGGAUCUUAAUAAUGAUCAAUAAUGCCGCGACCACCAUUGUUUAUUUUGCACGCAACGACAUACAUGGCUACUGAAGUGUGCGUCUUCACAUUAACAUGCUGAUCAUUUCUUUUAGCUGCUUGCUUUUACACACACAUAAAACACUGUUCUCAUCCACAAAUAUUAAGAUUAUUGAUUCACCAUAAC